AUGGACAAGGAACCAACAAAUGAACAGAAGAACAUACCAUUCCCAGGAGACCUCUCGUUCAAGAAUCGUCGUCAUGCACACGAAACUCGUAAAGGCAUGGCAGUCAUAGCUGCUGGGACGAGGAGUGUCACCUUGGAAACGUGGCGCACGGCAGCUGCGCUAUUCCCUAUCGCGUCUAUCGCUCAUCGUCAACCGAAUCUAAAAACAAUGGCAAUUCAGGCCGUGGAUGAUCUCUAUGAAGGAUUCGAUGACUACGUUCUUGCUUACGAUACUACGACCACAUCGAUGGCUGGACGACCUCCAUCCGCUUUUGGAAGGGCACCGAGCUCCAGCUAUGGCGGUGCAUCUUCAUACGGUAGUCGAGUGGGCAGAACAGCACUAGGGACAAGAAACGAACCAGUCAGACCGAUGACGGCUGUCAGGGCCGCUGGUUACACGUCUUUUGCAAACAAAGCAGACGACUUCGAGCACAUCCUUGCAAUGCAGCUAGUGCUAGAGCCAGAGUAUCACGAAAUUGACGAUUUUGGGGUCUCUAUGGGACAAUACAGAGCUGAACUCGUCGAAUGCGCAAUCGAAGAAAAAUGUCGAGAAAUGGAGCAACGUGUCAUGGAUAUGCUCAAGGAAAGCCUUUUUGCAUCCGAAAGGAGAAGUUUCAAGGAGGCUUUGGACAAGGCAAAGGAGGCCGGAAGAAGAGAGCGAGCGGUGGUGAAGUACAGAGAACAACAGGGUGUCGUUGAAUCCAUGAAUAUUGAUCUCACGUUCACAGUACUAUUCAAUCUCGCACAACAGUAUAUGGCGAAUGAAAUGGCCAACGAGGCAUUAAAUACAUAUCAGAUUAUAGUGAAAAAUAAGAUGUUUCCGAACUCGGGAAGGUUAAAGGUAAAUAUUGGAAAUAUCUAUUUCAAGAAAAAAGAUUACAACAAAGCAAUAAAAUACUACCGAAUGGCUCUAGAUCAAGUGCCCAGCAUUCAAAAGGAAACCCGGAUAAAUAUCUUGAAUAACAUUGGUGUUGCGUUCAUCAAAAUGGGAAAGUAUGAUGAUGCGAUGUCAACAUUCGAGCACUGCGUUGAUGAGAGGGCUGAUUUCAAAACGGCACUGAAUUAUGUACUAACAGGAUAUUGCCUCGAAGAUGCAGAUCGAAUGCGCGACGGUUUCCAAAAAUUGCUCGAUGUCCCACUUGACGACGACGAUGAGAAUAAGUCCAACGACAAAGAUGAUGUGUUAGUGACGGAAGUGCUUAACAGUGACAGUCUUCGGCAGUUGGCGCGGCGCCAACGGGCGGAGGCAGAACGAGCGAUCCUUACGGCUGCUAAGACGAUCAGUCCUGCUAUUGCUUCAGAUUUUGCUGCUGGCUACGAAUGGUGCGUAGAGACCAUCAAGCAGUCCGUUCAUGCUUCGUUAGCCACGGAAUUGGAGAUGAGCAAAGCGGGCGAACUGUUACGGCAUGGCGAUCUCGAAGGAGCGACCGAAGUGUUGAAAGUGUUCCACGCUCAGGAGUCCAAGAUUGCUGCUGCAGCUGCGAAUAACCUAUGCAUGCUUAAACUUUUGCAAGGUGGUGAAAAACUUCAAGAGGCUGAACAAUACUCCGAACAGUCAUUAGCACUGGACCACUAUAACGCUAACGCACUUGUCAAUGCUGUAUUCAACUAUAACAGAGGUGGGGAUUAUCGGAAUCCUGCAAGUCUUAAGCUUCUUGUUGGCCAACACUGUUUCCAUGUGAAACCUUCGAAUAAUGUGGGGAACAUCGCCUAUUUGCGCGGAGACUACGAUAAAGCUUAUGUGAACUUUCGAGAAGCACUGAGCAAUGAUGCCAGUUGCGUUCAGGCUUUGUAUAAUUUGGGUUUGGUGUGUCGUCAACAAGGAAACGUGGAACAAGCACUCGAAUGUUUCUAUAAGCUGCACAAUAUUUUGCUGAAUAACGUGCAGGUUUUGUGUCAGUUGGCAGCUAUUUACGAAUCGUUGGAAGACACAGCACAAGCUAUAGAGUUAUACAGUCAAGCGAACAGCUUGGCACCUUCGGAUCCGGCUAUCCUUGCUCGCCUCGCUGCCAUCUAUGAUGCGGAAGGCGAUAAGACUCAAGCUUUCCAGAGCAAUUACGACAGCUAUCGCUAUUACCCAUCGGAUCUAAAGGUAAUCGAGUGGAUAGGCGCUUACUACAUCGACGCACAGUUCUCGGAAAAAGCAGUGAACUACUUCGAGAAAGCAUCAAUUAUGCAACCGAAUGAAAUAAAGUGGCAGCUGAUGAUGGCAUCUUCACACAGAAGAGCCGGAAACUACCAAAAAGCUCUUGACCUCUACAAAAAUAUUCAUAAGAAGUUUCCGGCGAAUAUUGAAUGUCUGAAGUUCCUCGUGCGAAUCACAACCGAUCUCGGCAUGCCGGAGUCGAAGGAAUAUAUGGAGAAGCUAGGCAAAGCUGAGAGAGUCCGACAAUUGAAAAUGCAGCGGGAGUCUGAUAGUAGUCAAGGAAAGAGGCACAGUGCACAUUCAGCUCACAGCUUGCCACCGCCUCAAGGGGGCUCAGGUGAACGUCCAACUUCACUAAACAGUCUAAGGAUGUCGAGUGCAAAGUUCAACUUUGAUGACCAGCCUUUCUCAAUCGCUCCACGAGACAUGAAAUCUGCGGAUCUCUCAUAUUCGGACCCAGUAGGAGCAGGAACAGCAAGACCGAAGACUGGCCAACGAAGACCUAGGACAGAGGACUCAUUCGAAGAGCUCGAUGAUUCACUGCUACCACAAUAA